GAAAAAGAAAACGUCACAGAUGGUGAGAACAUAAACUGGUUAUUUGCAAGGAGGUAGAUGGAGAGGGCAGACAAACGUAUCAUGUGAGACAUCUCAAUUAAUCAGUGCCAUCUUCUUUGUUUUACUCACGAGAAAGCAGCAUUUUUUACCUUUUGGAAACGUAAUUUUGAGUUUGAAUGGCCAGAGCAAGACGGCAACAGCGUGUGCAUAAUGUGUACAUGCAGCAUAAUCAAAUCAAUUCGUCAGAUGUCAAAAAACCCAAGAUGGCGUCGCGCGGAGGGCGAACGCCCGGCCACACUGCGCCCCUCUCGGGCCCUGGUAGGUCGAAAACCCCGGUCAGGGUCGGCUACUACGAAAUCGAGAGGACUAUAGGGAAGGGGAACUUUGCAGUGGUGAAGCUGGCCACGCACGUCAUCACGAAAACUAAGGUGGCCAUCAAGAUCAUCGACAAGACGCAGCUGGACGAGGAGAACCUGAAGAAGAUCGUGCGGGAGGUGGAGGUGAUGAAGCAGCUGAGGCAUCCCCAUGUGGUCCGCCUCUACCAGGUCAUGGAGACAGAGAGGAACAUGUACCUGGUCACGGAGUACGCCAGCGGUGGGGAAAUAUUUGAUCACCUCAUAUCCCACGGUCGCAUGACAGAGAGGGAAGCCAGACAGAAGUUCAAGCAGAUUGUCGCAGCCGUCCACUAUUGCCACUGUAGAAACAUUGUACAUAGAGACCUCAAGGCCGAGAACUUAUUAUUAGAUGCCAAUAAGAAUGUCAAGAUAGCAGAUUUUGGGUUUAGCAAUUUUUUUGAGAAGGGUCAGUUGCUGAAGACGUGGUGUGGGAGUCCGCCCUAUGCCGCCCCUGAGCUCUUUGAGGGCCGGGAAUAUAACGGACCAAAGGCCGAUGUCUGGAGUCUUGGAGUCGUCUUGUAUGUACUAGUAUCGGGUGCUCUGCCUUUCGAUGGGCCAACGUUACAGGGUCUGCGAUCGCGAGUGCUGUCCGGACAGUUUAGGGUACCUUUCUUUAUGAGUCCAGAGUGUGAACAGCUCAUACGCCACAUGCUGGUGCUGGACCCCAACAAGCGCUACAGCACGGAGCAGAUUCUCAACCACAAGUGGACCAAGACGGGCGAGCCCGACGCCAGCUUUGAGGACAUGAUCGCCGAGUACGACCAGCGGGCGGGCACGGUCAACGGGCCGGAUCCCAUCAACGAGCCCAUCGUUCAGCACAUGGUGUCCCUAGGCAUCGAGCGGGACCUCAUACUACAGUCCUUGAACGGCAAAAGCUUUGACCAAUUCAGUGCAAUCUACCACCUCUUCCUGGACAAGUUAAAACGACAUCAAAAGUCCAACUCCCAUCCAGCCGAGGGCAGCCGCGCGGCCCCUGCCACGGCCACCAGUCCGUCCCUGUCGCCUAGCGAGGGCAGCACGCCAGACGCAGUGGCAUCCAUGUCCUCGGUCGCCUCGCUGUCGUCGGGCGGGGGGAGAAGGCAGGGUCUGUUGCCUGGAGCUAUACCACAGGUGCGCUUCACCAACGAGAAUGACCAGAUUAUCAUACAGACUGACCAGCCAGUGGACGUGGACAGUGACCCGGAGGAGCCCUCUCCCGAGGCUCUGGCCCGCUACCUCCAGAUGCGCAGACACACUCUGGGCCUGGCUGACCCCAGCCAGGAGAUCCCGGACAACCUGAAGAUGAAGCUGUUGCCCGCCCAGCACGCCCAGCCCAGCACCGAGGGCGGCGCCCUGGGCCAGCACCCCCCACCCACCUUGACGCCUGUGGUCCUCAACACCAACCUGCCUAUGAACUUGCCACUGAUGACCGGUUUUAACCAGCCAGAGCAGCCGGUUACGUAUAAGGAACAAAAUCUUUUGAAGCCGCCAGCGUUGGAGGCCACAGGGGGACACAGCAACUUCAGUCGGCGGGCGUCGGACGGCGGCGCUAACAUGUACUUACACUUGCAACAGUUCCAGAACCAGUUUCUCAGCAAGAGAACCAGCCAGCCGGUCAACGUAGACCCGACUGGACAGAGCUCAGGGGAAUCAGUACAGCAGAGACUACCGCCGGUCUCGGCGACCGGCGUACCCGAGGAGGCAGAGAAUUCAGACGAAGAGGAGCCCGACCAAGAAGAGGUUCAAAGGUAUUUAAGGAAUAGAGGAGGCCGCUUCAGGCACACGUUGUGUUCGGAGGCACCCUCGCAUGACCUGCCGGAGGAGGUGCGGCGGAACCUGCUGCAGCAGCCCAUCAACACCCCGCCGCGUUCGUCUCGCCGCGAGCGUUUCCACGUCCCACCCGACCGCAACCCCCACCUGCGGGACAUGAGCCUCUACCCGCCGGCCAACUACGUCUACACCCGCCGGGCCUCGGAUGGCAUGCCCAACUUGCACGCCUUCAAGGCCCACCUGGAGCGGGUGGCUGCCGGGGCGGCGGCCUCGAGCGGGGCCGGGGGUGGCGGCAGCAGCUCGGGCAGCCAGAAGAGCUCGCUCAAGCAGCUGCACAAGGAGUACCACCAGCUGCAGAAGCAGUGCUCACCGGUGGACGCCAAGCUGCAGGAGCUGCAGCAGGCCCAACACCAGCUGCACAAGGAGAAGAUGCUGAACCAGUUUCAAUUAGCCCAGGGUGGUAUAGGAAGUGGUACACCUCCAAUGAUACCGACAGUGAGGGCAGAGCCAGCAACGGACAUCCAGACGCAAGCCCUUCAACAACACCUACAGAGAUUACACCUCCAGAGACAAUGCGACAGCCCACCUAUGCUGAAAAAGCUUCACAGUCCUACUAGCCGAGCUAGCCCCCCUACCUCCAUCAGCCUCCCAGUCCAUCCUGAGGAGGUCCUUGAACCGUCCACUGAUCCCACCGUCUACCCGUCACACCCCAUGCCCACUGACAUCAGUCCCACACUCGACACCCAGCCAGAUGGCAGGCCCAGCAAUGUGGGGAGCUCCUCGCAGCGGGGCAGCCCACUGAGCCAGGCCGGGGCGGCAGGGGGUGGUCCCCUGUCAUCCCAGCGGGCCAGUCCACACACCCAGUCCGGGGAUAACUGGUUCGGUGGGGUCAGGCCAGGCUUUUCUCCCUCCCCGCCGGUGAUUGUGACUUCGGCGGGUGGGGAGAUGGUCGACAUGGUCAAUGUCGGGGGACAAAGCAGUGACUCGCUGGAGAAUGUACUGCCGAGGCUGUUCCCAAACCAGGGGUGCCGCUCCUCACAGGGAGAGAUUUCGGUGAACCCCAGUGACCUCGCAUCAAGUUUGAUGUAUCAGCAACAGCAGCAGCAACAACAGCAGCAGCAGCAGUUGCAGAUGAUGCAAGCUGCUCAGUCACUGCAAAAGCAGGAGGCAUUACAACAGCAGAUGACUCUUCAGGGUCAUCAGAUCAAUCUCUUACAGCAGCAGCAGCAGCAGCAGCAACAUCAGCAGCAGCAACAGGCACAGCGACGUGUCACAUUUGAACAAAUGGAUUGUGAUAUGAGCAGGCAGCAAGGAGUACCCAGCGAUGUGACCUUACCACAACAGUCCAACAGUCUCUUUCACCAUCAGCAGCAGCAGUCGCACUCAGUCACAAACACAAGCGGAGUGCCAUUCCACCCCGGCCAGCACCCGUCCAAUCAACCGCAUGAAACCCCAAAUCUACCCCUCCCCAGGCUGAACGAGGGUCUCCAGUUCAACCUCGUCGGGGACCAGCAGCAGCCGGCUAUGCCAGUGGUGCCGCCCCCUCAGCGCUUCCCUCUGCCCAAUCUGGUGUCGCCGGGAACGUUCAACUACUUGCAAGGUAUCAACCAGCAGCAGGAGAUUGAUGACACCGACUUGUUACAGGCUAUGGAAGACUCCAGCACAAUGCAGGAGGCACCGCAGGGAGAAGCAGUCGUGCAGGGAUUUCUAGCAUUUGGGCUGACCGAUGGCAACAUCAGGCAAAGUCGCAAUCACCAACGGCACAACGCAAUGCCUGGGGUUGAUGCCCAAGUUCCAACGCAGCUGCUACGCAGAACAAUUCGUGUCCCCUCAGGUGACCUGAGCCAGUUUUUCAACACCACCAACAACAACAGCGUUGAUAGUGGCAGCAGCGGGAUCAGGAAGCUGGACAGUGCCUCUGGUCAGUUGCAGCAUAUACCACCAUUAAUAGCUCAGGGGAUGAACAUGAGCUGCAGUAUGACCUUGAGUGAGUCGGACAUGCAUGCUGCUGAGCCCUCCCCGAUCAAACACGCCAAGUCCUUUUGCAUGACCACCUGCAAAGGGCUAAAUGAGAUUGUGGCAGAGAUCAGGCGGACUCUGGACUGCAAGCAGCCGGCUCUGAUCUAUGAGAACAUCGAGAACCUCUUCCAACUACACCAGAACGGUGUGCGCAUGGAGAUGGAGGUGUGCCGGGUGCCCGGCUUGGCGCUGAAUGGCCUGAAGCUGCGUCAGUUGGCUGGAGACGCCAUGCAGUACAACGAACUCUGCCAGGAUAUCCUGGCGACAAUGAAUUUGUAACACACACUGUUAGUGCAUCUCAAAGACAGGAGAAGCUCUUUUAAGAAUUUGCUAGCACUUCGACGGCAGAUCAGGUGUGACUUGGCAAGGUCAGUUUCCUUCUAGACCCUGAUGACAUGCUGUUUGCAUCUGUGGAAUGCGGACAGCCAGUCAUCUGUCAAAAGUCAUAGCCUCGCAUCAGCUGCAAAACGUGGAUCCACAAGUCAGCUGCGUGUUGACAAGCAAGUGACAGUGACAGCAGAGCCCACAAGCUAAUCGUAGUCAUUCAUAUGUAGUCAUUGGCACGCCAGAGGAUGUGUGGCCAAGUACAUGGUAGAUGGUCCAGGAGCUUCAACCGACGUAUUUGGUUUCAAGCUUUAUCCUGGAUGAGUUUGUGUUCAGCACGGUGUUUAGAUGAUCAACAAAAUUAGCUGUUCUGGCACUCAAAGCAAACACUAAGGUAUCCUGUCCCUUAUUAUGUUUCUCAACAGAUAGUUUCUGUUGAUUCACUGAAGCUCAUCUCCACAAAUGGUGAUUCGUUGAUACAUGUGUCAACAUUUUCACACUCUAUGCACAGCUUGUCACAGUUUUGAGUAUGUUGCCAGUUCAGUAGCAGUAACCAUACUGUGUGAGUCAUUUCACUGGCCACCUUGCCAAACUGACAGGUUGAUAUACAUGUAUGAGUGGCUCUGUCAAGCAUCUGACAUGGUGGCAUGCCAACUGGGUACACAUCCAUGCACCUGUUCAUGAAUUGCUGCUCCAUUUGUAUCGAUGCAUCUUGUUGAUACUUAUCUGUCAACAAUGUGUGCUUGUAGAAUGACUCGUGUAAAAAAAAAGGAUGGUGGCUAGCGAGUGGACGAUUGCAGCAUUUAUUUGAGCAGUGCUUCACGUGCACAGAUCAACACUGUAAGUUGUGAGUAGUUGUACUGCCGGGUUUUGUUUGUGACUGGUUGAGUUUGCUGAAAGCCAGUCACCCUUGAAAACCAAUCGGUUUUAAUGGGCUACUGUUUUUUAUAUUCCACCGUGAAAGUGGAUGGCUCUGGAAUUGUGUCUGUUUUGUAGCAAUUUGCUAAACAGAUUUAUUCUCAUUCACAAAGUGUGCUUCAACCAACAUUUUCAUCUGACCGUAAAGAAUGUAUAUUUUCUAAAAAGGUAUUGUUUUCACGAUUUUGAAAUUUGCUUGUUUGCUGAACUACAUGUAUUUUUGGUUGAUUUGGUAUGAAAAUUAACCACUUUUUAUUUUGCUACUUUAUUUUGGUGCGCACAAUAAUAUUGAAUUUGUAAUUGGUAAACAUCAACGAUGUCAUUGCCAAGACACUUGGCAAUGCUCCACAGAAAUUUGUCCAGAAUUUGUCAGUUACAUGUACGUGUGUUACAGACGUUGCAUGUUUGUGUAUUUCGGACAAAGUGCUUGUGUUUGUGGGAACAGAGGAGAGAUUAUCUUUGAGGAACUUCGUGAGGAAGAGAGUGGUGCAUGAGAGAUAAAGCACGUGUACCCAGGGUCCGUACAUUACUCCAGCACAAAAACCCUAAACGGCCAAGUCAGGACACCAGACAGGACUUGUGCAGUGAUGUCACACAGUGAUAACUGCAUGGUGCAUCUAGGGGGCAUUGUGGAAACACUGCCACUUCUGUUGCAGUCAUAGGCCUGUUAGUCAGAUCCCACGCCCCCCCAACACCUUCAGCUGCCCACUGAUUUUAUUAUGCAUGUACAUGUAGUAGUAAAAUGCGGUUCUACGGAAUGCUCAGGCUCUGAUGGACAUUCAUCCUAAAUUGCCUUUGGCUGCUGGGCCAGCAUCCACACUUCAUGUACAUGUAUGUUUUUUAGGGGCAAUGCCUUUGGAAUAUCGUAUCCCUCACCCAACCAAUUCCUGACAAAUUUGCCCUUGCCUGUGGUCUUGAUUAUAGUAGCUCCUCCAACUUGCGGCUUUUCUCGAGGUUUACGCUGGCUUCGUGAAUUCAUUUCGGGAAGUUGGCUCACAGUGGCCUCUUGCUGCUGCUUUAGUAACAAAUUUUAUUUUCAUUUCUCACAUGGUCACACCAGGAAUGUUUUAAAGCGAUUAGGGAAACUAAGUUCCCUUCAAUUUUGAUGGGAAAACUGACCUGUGUCUUCGAAUAUUGAAAUAACACUUCUCAAACAUGAUCAGUGAUCAGAUGGUUAAGCACGUUUUGAAACGUACCUCUUUGCUACGGCUCCCUGACUCCUGAAUCCUUGAAUGUGGAUUAAUCCAAUGGCACGUUGAAGCUUCACAGAUGGCCCAGUGCUCUGUAUUGAAGGAUGGCCUCAUGCAGUAUAACAAGGUGUUUCCCUCAACAUUGCAAAGACUUGUUAAUUGUGAUGCUGGCUGUAAUGAGCCUUUUGUGCAUCGCAUUUGAAUAAAAUCUGGUACACUGAGUUCUUUAAGGUCACGUGAACAUAACAACUUGCAUUCUC